AAAUUUAUCUCAUCAUUCAAUUAUGAUCAAAAUUUCAAAAAGUUGCAAAAGAGAAAAUGGGAAUCAGAUUUCAUUACAGAAGCAGAUGAGUCCAGUUUUCUUACGUGGAAAUAAACAACUGAAGAAAAAUGUUCAAAAAAAUCUUGGCAGCUAUGCAGCUUUCAUUUCAAUUUGCAAGAAAAUUGUACAUCAAACAACAAAGCAGUGUGGUGUGGCAGGAAUUCUGGAGAGUUGGCAUAUAUGGCUAUGGCCACCCUUUGCAGGGUUCUCCUCCUUCUCUUCAAUUUUUCAGGUGUGUAUUUUAGCUUCAUUCAUUAGCAUCCGAGGCCUUGGAGUGGGAAUCAACUAUGGCCAGAUCGCCAAUGACCUCCCGGCCCCAUCACGCGUCGCCUCCCUCCUGAGCUCCCUCAACAUAACCCGAGUCAAGCUCUACGACGCGGACCCAAACGUGCUCUCAGCAUUCGCCAACACACAAGUAGACUUCGUGAUCGGGAUAGGCAACGAGCUCCUCCAAAAGAUGUCUGACCCAUCCCAAGCCCAGGCCUGGCUCGAGCAACACGUGAAGCCCUACACACCCCAGACAAAAAUCACGUGCAUCACCGUUGGCAACGAAGUCCUCACAGGCAACGACACGCAGCACCUCCUCCCAUACCUCCUCCCAGCUAUGCAGUCAGUGAAUGCUGCUGUCACGAAUCUCGGCCUAAACAAGGAGAUAUCCGUGACAACGGCCCACUCAUUCGCGAUCCUGAGCAGCUCGUUCCCGCCCUCUUCGGGCGCAUUCAGGCCGGAUCUUGCAGAGUACAUCCAAAGCAUUUUGAAUUUCCACACACAAACUCACUCACCCUUCCUCAUAAAUGCAUAUCCCUUCUUUGCUUACAAGGCCAGCCCGGCCGAGAUCUCACUUAGCUACGCACUUUUCCAGCCCAGCCCGGGAACGAUAGACGCCACCACCAACUUGCACUAUGACAAUAUGUUGUUUGCACAGAUUGAUGCUGUUUAUGCAGCCAUCAAAGCAAUGGGGCACUCUGAUAUACAAGUCAAGGUCUCCGAGACAGGAUGGCCUUCUAAAGGGGACGUAGACGAGGUGGGGGCCACCCCGGAGAACGCUAGAUUGUAUAACAGCAACUUGCUCAAACGGAUACAGCAGAACCAAGGCACCCCGGCUAGGUCAUCAGUGCCACUCGACAUCUAUGUUUUUGCGCUGUUUAACGAGGAUUUGAAGACCGGCCCUGUCUCUGAACGAAACUACGGGUUGUUUUACCCGGAUGGCACUCCCGUGUACAAUGUUGGACUCCAAGGCUAUAUUCCCCCUCCUCGUAUGGAGUAUUCGUCUUCGAAGAGAAAUGUUAGUACUAUGCUAUGGAUGACAUGUUUCAUGCUUGCAGGGGAUGCGUUUCUCAAACUCGUUGCUCGUUCCCGUUGCAUUAUUUCUUCGCUUUCUAUAGCAAGAACGGGCCUAUCGAAUGACCUACAAGUUCGAAGAUGAUGAGGAGAACAAUGAGGCUUUCAGACCAAAGGAUGAUUUCUGAGGUGAAAAAUUCGAGCUGAUGAGAUUCUUGUCACUACUACACUAUACAGGAGAAUUGAAUAUAUGCAUAAUAAAAUGAUAACAAGUUACUAUAUGUUUUGCAAUGUGAAGAAAACAUGCAAGUAAACACAUUUCUGUUCCAAACACACCAAGAAAAAUAAUCCAUUAGCUUUGCUCCUUGUUAUACUCAUA